GGGAAUGCAGAGGGGAGCAGCGACGAGGAGGGGAAGCUGGUGAUUGAUGAGCAGUCCAAGGAGAAGAACGAGAAGGGUGGGAGCAAGAGGAAAGCAGAAGAUGCCUUGGAGGACUCCCCUAAACGCACCAAGGAGGCCGAGGGGCAAGAAGGGGAGAAGAAAAUAGACAACGAAGAGACCCCCAAGGAGGAGCCAAAAACCAACGUGGCUGAAGGGGAGAAGAACAGCGACGCCCCCGGGGCGCCCGACGCCAACGAGGCCAAGCAGGAGGGCAAGGAGGAGCUCAGAGACCACAAGGAGAG